AUGUCAACAUUACCACCACCACAAAACCCUAAUACUGUAUUUGGAGCACCGCCAGCUUAUGGGGUUCCUCCGCAAGGCAUACCUAACAUUACUGCACCAGUACUUCCACCUGUACCCAAGCAACCUCCGUGUACAACCCCUAAUAAAACGAUCUACAUCAAUAAUUUAAACGAAAAAAUAAAGAUUCCAGCUUUAAAAAAUGCUUUACAGGCAAUUUUCGAACAGUAUGGUGAAAUUUUGGAAAUUGUUGCGCGUCAUACUUUAAGAAUGCGUGGACAGGCUUUUGUGGUAUUUAAAGAACAAGAUAGUGCUGUUAUACAGUAUGCUAAAACAAAAUCCGAUGCUAUUGCAAAGCUUGAUGGAACUAUUGAAGAGAAUAAGCGACAGAGAAUGGAGGCAAGAGAAAAACGUGCUAGAGAACCUCCCGCAAAGAAAUUCAAAUCCAAUAAUACACAAAUUUAUCCAAUGGGUGCAUCAAAUACUUCUGGAGCUCAAUUGUUCCAUUUUGGACAUCAAGUUCCUGCGACAGGGAAUAUCCCCGACGAAUAUCUUCCCCCCAAUAAUAUUCUCUUCCUACAGAACUUACCAAAUGACAUUACUGCAUCUACUCUUAUUGCAUUAUUUGAACAAUAUCCUGGUUUUAAAGAAGUUCGAUCUAUUCAUCCAGCAAAGGGUAUUGCAUUUGUAGAAUAUGAUAACGAACCUCAAGCCAUGAUAGCAAAGGAAGCUUUAUCAAAUCAUCCUAUAACGCCAGAUCACAAGCUCAAGAUCACUUAUGCAAAAAAAUAA